ACAUCAGGGCGAUUGCUCUAUGGGAUAUUAACUCAAAAUUGAAACGGACUAUAGUUUGUGUUAUCUGGAAGUUAUUGAUCCACAAAUUGUCUGACUCAAAUGUACAGAUGCCAAGCCGCCGAUCCAUGAAGCUGUGAACACACUGAUAAAUUCACACACAGGUCACUAUCCAGAUUCCUUGUGCCAUUCACCAUUGGUUUCAGAAGAAGCUGUUUGCUUUGUUUCUAAUACACCAAAAACAAGUUAAGAUUGCCUUUUGAAACAAUUUACUGUGAACUACAGCUUUCAUCAUUAUGGGAACUCAAGGGAAUGCCGCUGAUAUGCGCAUGAACAAACUGCAGGAGGGUCUCCAGCAGCAGAGACGACUGAUAGAGCAAUUGCGCUGUGAAGCACAGAUCACGCGGAUGAGGGUCUCCCAGGUGAUUGAGGACAUUGUCAAAUACUGUGAGACCCACCGCGAGGAGGACGUGCUCAUAACGGGCUUCAACAAACCACAGGAGAACCCAUUCAAGGAGAAGGGCGGAUGCACAAUCUUGUAGACUUGUCCAUCUGGUGUAUCGGGUCAGCUCAGUCUGCAGGAUGCAGAGGGACUUGCUAUAAACAUUACAGACAAAAAAAAACCCCAGUUCUUUUUGUGUUUUGUUGUGUAGGCCUAAAUGUAAAUUUGAAACAAAUGUCUGCAGUAUGGUUGAGUCUGCACUCAGUGGUGUUUGAGUUUUGGAUCCAAUCUAAAUAAUUUAUUUAAAAGCCCAACGAAAAAUGAAGUACUACUACUACUACUACUACUAGCAGUUUAAUAUUAAUAUUUAUUUUGCAUGUUUUCUCUUCAUUUUUUCAAAUCAUGCAACAGUUGGCAAUCACUAAUGUCAAUGUUUUUACCCAAAAACUCAGGAGGGUUUUUCAUUAUCUUAAUAACUAGCAAUUAAUUUAUUGACAUAGCUGUAACAUGAAUUCAUUUUAACUGAUUGUAUUAUGUAAUUAUGACCUCAUAAUCCAGUUGUAAAAAUACAUUAUUCUUUAACGAAGUGGUCUUCUGCUAGAAAGUUGAAUUUAAGAAUACAACAUGCGUUUUAUUUACUUUAAUAAGGUUCUUAAGACUUUAAAGGCGAUCAGAUAAAUACUUAGAUCAAUAGGUGGUACAUGUAGCCAACUAAUUUUUCAGCCUUUCUUCUUAUUGUUUUAUUCCCUAGUUAUCAAUGUGUGUGUGUCAUGUUAUCGAAUCUCCAGGCAUCAUUGUGGCAACUUCUCAUAGGUGUUCUCAUCAUAAGCAUUACAAGAAUCAAAUUAUUUAGAAAGCAACUUAGAAUUGCUAGAUUUACAUGUUGAGUGUCUUUAAGUUUGCUUUUGAACAAGGAAAAAAAAAAAUCAAAAAUCAAAAAUUGUUUUGGUAGGAAAUUUCGGAAUUGAAGUUUGUUUGGUAAAUAAAUAGAUGCACAUUUUUAAAAACGUCGUCUUAUACUUGUUUUGAAAUGGUUAUUAUGUUGUGUACUGAACUGAUAACAAAAUAAUGGUGGAUUGAAUAGAAUUGCAGAAAUUAAUUUUAUUACUAUUGUUUGGUUUGUGGUGGGGUGUUUUUUUCUCAAAAUAGCAGUAUUGACAGUAUCAUGCUGGGGAAGAACACAUGACAUUUGUAUACAGGAUAGUGAACAGGUAGUGAAUGUUUUCUCAAUUGAAUUG